CACAAGGUGACAUCAGCGUGGUGGGGACCCCAUGGUUGGAGCAGAACUGGACGGGGGACUCACGGGCCGCCCCUUUCCUCGUCUUCAGCGCUUGUACACACGCACACGCCACUGGGACUGUUCUGUCGAGCAAGCAGCGCUCUCGGACCAACUUCAACUCUAUUCUUUUAGGAAACUAAAGUCACUUUUCUUCGUGUUUCUCCAGUUUUUAGACUCUUCCACGGUGCAACCACAGAAGCAUUUGCAGCUGGACUUGGACCUACUUCGGAGCUGAUGUCGACAAAGCCAAAGCGAGGGAAACCAGGGACUUGACUGCACUCCAACUGGCCCGGCUUCUGCCAGGGACACAACUGCACAGUGUUCUGUGCAAUUUAUGUUGGUUUGAUUCUGCCAGCACUGCAUAACGAUGACCGGCGAAGAGUGGGACAGACUUUGGCUUGCACAUGAUAAACAUAGAUAAUAUUCCACUGAAGUAUUUGGUGCUGCGGGCCUCGGCUUUUUAGUCAUUUAGAUUACAUGUUUUCAGAACUUGGGGUAACUAAGUGUUGAGGUGAACUGAAGUCUUACUUUCCAUAUAGUUUCAGGGUUAACGGAACAUUUUUGAGCUGUUUGAGCAUGAAUCUCCAGGAAAAGCUCUCAGGCCUUAAAGGUCUGGUGACACACUCUCACAGCAAACGGCGUUUUAAACCCGACCUCACGGUGGACAUGAUCAGCCCCCCGUUGGGCGACUUUCGCCAUACGAUGCACGUCGGCCGUGGCGGCGAUGUGUUCGGAGACACCUCCUUCCUUAGCAACCACGGCGGCUCGUCAAACGGGGGCAACGGGGAAACGGACUCCAUGUCCACCCCCGACAACAAACUCGGGGCGUUUUUCUCCAGGACAAUCCGACAAAUCAGGAGGGGCUCUGACAACAGAACCAGAGAAGGAUCCAAGGACGUGUCACUGCCUCCUCCGCCCAUUUCUCCCAUCAUCAAGAAUGCCGUCUCCCUUCCAAGGCUGGACGUGGACAUGUAUAGUGGAAGCACCACCACAAAGGUGCUCUUCCCCAGUUCUCAAAGCACACCAGGGGAGAGGAAGAGUUCUUACGGUUUGGAGUCUGGCUUCGUUACACUCCCUCGUCUGUCGCGCUCUGAGCGUCAACAGCCCUCCAUCUCCAACCCCGUCCCGUACUUGACCAACGUGCAUCGCGGCUCUCUGACCGACCCCUCCGACGCCAUCUUGACCACCCGCUCUUCUGCCGUUGUGACCUUGGACCCCAAAUCAACCGCCUUUUCCAGCUCCUUCGCCUCCCUCACCUCCCUGGACACCUUCAACUUCGACCUGGGCCCCUCCCUCAUGAGCGAGGUGUUCGGCCUACUGGACGGCGACAGUCACACCUGGGAGAGAGACGAGACGGGGUCGCCGUCGGGGCUCGCCAAUGAAGGAUCAGAGAUGGACUCGGCUACUAUCUCUUAUGUGGACUCCCUGCUGAGAGAGGACUGCGCAGGCGGGAAGGGUCCACAGGGGGCGGAAUGGGAUGACGACGAGGGGAGCGCCAAUGAGGUGAACGGAGUCGGGAUGUCCGCGAAACUACCUGACACGCUGAAGGAAGUCUCACCUGAGCGAGCGAAAUUAGCAGUGAGAAUGGAAAGUGAGCGCUUCCAGAGUGCCGCGGAUGUGCUCGCACGCCAUUACGGUGGUCACAACAGGAUGGAGCCGGUCGAUUCGGAGAUGAUGAAGAAAAUAUCCUACAGCUACACAGAUGAUGACGAUGAUGAAAUCAAAGUCUGAGCUGUUUUCACAUGAAACUAAAAAUCAUUAGCAAAUAUACGAUGUGAUUUUUCUGUAAUUCUAAUCCAAUAAGCAAACAAUCAACAAUGAAACUCAAACAGAAAAUUAUUCUUUAAGGUUCAUGAUAUUGGAUCCCUAUUUUUUCCCACUGAUGGUGCAAUAAUUAAUUUUUGCAACAAAUGGAUCUAAAAUGAGGACUCGCAUAUUUUCAAUAUACACUAUUCACGUAAAGUUCAGGAUAUUCAGCCAGCGGGUGACAUUGCAGGAUGAAGGUAAAAUGCACUAAAAAUGAACCCCCUCCUAGUCGCUGUAACUCACUAUUCACUGUUUAUGUGCUCAGGCCGAAGAAAUAAAAGCAUGAUUUUGGUGCCAUCUUGUAGUAUCUUGGUGCCAAUGAACUAUGUUGAAGUUCAUUGAGGAGCCUCAUUUAGACAAAAGUAGUGCUUUGAUGCCAUUUUGUGGCAUCUUGGUGCCAAGGAACUAUGUUGAAGUUGACUGAGGCGCUUCAAUGGAACAAAAGUAGUGCUUGUCGCAAUUUUGUGGUUUCUUGGUGAAAAAGGAAAUAUGUUGAAGUUGAUUGAGGAGCUUCAUUUUGACAAAAGUAGUGCCUUGCCACCAUCUUGUGGCAUCUGUAGGCGAUUAUAAACCUUUUGAGGGGUAUCAAUUACUUGUGGAUAUCUGCUAUUUUUUAAUUUGCCCCUCCUAAAACUUAAUUUGACCUCUAAAUUUUUUUGAAUGUCCAACUGUUGAAUAGUUCACUACUUUUUGCGCAAGUUGCUGUACUCUAACAAGGAGCUGACAUCAAAAGGUUAGAGGAAGUCAAAUUAUGUUCACCUUGUAGUGCAUUUUAGGUCUAUUCUGAAAUGUCACCCAAAAGCCCUAUAUCCUAAACUUUUUGGGAGUACUGUGUUGAACUGAGGCUCGAACCAAACAACACUUCCACAAAGGAUUAAGCAAAACAGGAAACACUAAUGUUACUCAACGAAGAAGUCCUGCCAUUCACUUUAUACUCAAUACUUCCUCCUGUAUGAGAGGACGACAACCUAGCAGUAUGUGUGCUGUGCUUGCUGCACUGAGAUGGCCUCUCAAAACAGCCAUCAAUAACAGACAUGGAAACAAAAUAGAAGGUUCCUGGAGGUUGGUCCGCAUACUCAGCAUACUCAUGUCAUGUGUCUCAGGUUUAACUUCAGUCAAGAACAUUUAAAGUCAUUUUAGUGAAGACUUACCUUGACAUGAAUGAGAAUGGUAAGCGCAAGCCUUAAAAUCUUGUGGAUUUUUAUAUAGUGUUAUCGCAUUACACAAAUUGAGAAAUAUGACCAAUAACACCAGUAUUUGGUGUUAUCAACUACAGUAUAGGCUGUACUAUGUAAUCGUUCCUUUAAUGCUGCAGAGAUUUUGUAUAAACCCUGUGCACCUUUAACGAGGACUUCUGUUUUUUUAAUAGACAAAUUAUAAUAUCUACGUUAUUGCCUUCAAAUGUCCAUGAAAAUAUCAUCUGACUCCCCUAUAAACAUGUACUGUACUUACUAGCACCUUCAGAACACAGUGCAGUCCCACCUUAUACUGUAUGUCAAUUCCAAUGACACACUAUGAUGUUAGUAAUUGUAAAUAAAAAUGCUAUCAUUUGGGGACGUUGUAUCGUAAGGUCACAACCAUCAAAAAGCAUAGUGAAUAUUCAACAUAAAGGCUUGGAAAUGA